GCUGCGCUGGGCGGCUACAACGAGCGCUCGACGGUCGCCGCGGUGGGCUCCUUCUCGAGCGCGGCUCAGCCGCAGGGCCCGCGCCCGCAGGGGCACAGCCGUAUCUCUGUUCGCUGUGGAAAGAAGCAUAAGCUAGAAGAAGAGGCAGAAGGUUGUCCUGUGAGGAAGAAGAGACUGACAGGAGGCAAAAAUUGCCCUUUGAAUCCCAACACUGAAGAAUGGAUUCUCUGUGCAGGUCAGCAGGCAGCUGGGGAGGUAGCAAGUCAUUGUGAUGGCAGCGGUCCUGAAACUGCCAUGUUAGAAAUUCCCUGUGAAGAAAUGGAUCAGACAAUGGGGGAACAGCAAUGCGAGGUUGCUCGCAGGAAGCUUCAGGAAAUUGAGGACAGGAUAAUUGAUGAAGAUGAGGAAGUUCAUGCUGAUGGAAAUGUUAGCAAUCUGCCCACUCUUAUCCUGUCAGAUACCCUUAAAAAAGGGAUGAAGAGGGAUUUUGGUGAAGUCCUGACAAAGAAAAUAAUAGAAUCUAUGAGCCGUCCUUCUAUGGAGCUUGUGCUAUGGAAACCUCUUCCUGAAUUUCUCACAGAUAAACUGAAGUCCACUUCUGUUAAGAACGUCAAGCAGCAGAGUACAGAAGGAUGUCAAGCUAAGCAGUCAACACCAAGAGCUGCUUUUGACCCACAGACUGAAACGUUCCCUGAAUCACAACAGACUGCCAUGUCUCCAGAUCCAUAUGCUAGUUUGGGAAUCUCUGGGUGUGCAGAAGAAGAAAUGGAGUUGUAGAUGCCAGAUUUUAGACUGGAAGUGGUGAGCUUCUGAUGUUUUUUAUUGCUGUUUGUUGGUUUCCUCUUUCUUUCUGGUUUGAUGUGUGAAUAUGAAGUUUCAUUAUUUGUUUUUGGUUUUGCUACUAACAAUCGUAAGAACGUGGAUUGGCCAGACACAACUUAAGGAAACUGAAAAAAACCCAAGAUUUCUG